GAAUUCGUAAUUGACGAUAAGAAAAUUGACCUCUGACUCCCCUCUCGUUCUUCAGUCUUCGUAAAUAUAAACAAAGUUGUCAAUCAGUCAUCGAUAUCAUUACUGUAUCGUCGUUGCGUUUCAACAUCCCAGUCGUUACUGCCAUCAACCCCGCAAGAAUCACUACUUAUCUCUCCCCAACCGUGCCAAUGUCGACCGAACAAACAGUUGCGAAGAAACGAGGGCGUCCCCGGAAGAACCCCCUCCCAGAGACAGCCGCUCCAUCCUCGCCUGCUCCCGCCAAAACCACCACCGCACGCAAAACCGCCGCCCCAAAGACAACCCCAGCAGCAACAGAGCCCGCCAAACCACGAACAAGGAAAGCGAAGACUCCAACCCCAGAAACACCCUCACCCGAAGUCGCCAUGCCCAUAACCCCAAUCCAGCCCAAGGCUGCGGCCCCCGCGCCUUCUCCAAUCCCCGAAUCCGUUGAGCCGUCAAAUCAGACCACCAGCGUUCCCCCUCCUUCACCCCGCCCAACCGCCUCACCAACACCACAGCACCGCCCCUCCGCAAUCCUCACCGCCGUUCGCGAACUCUCCACCAAAGCCUCUCCGGCCCCAAAACCCUCUCCCUCCAACAAGCCAGUCUCCCACCCACGCACACCCUCCAAAACCUCAACGCCCAAGCCCCCCGCCAAGACGGCCGCCAAAACGCCGACUCCCAAGCCUGCACCGCCCGUGAAGCCGCCGGCACCGAAGAUACCACUACGUGCGCUGAAUGCGCAGAUUGUGGAUAAUAUCAGUAAACCGGCUGGGGCAAGGCCUUUGCCAGGAGGGCAGCAGCAGUUGCCGAAGGGGUAUAAGCCUGUGGCGAGGAAGGUGACGAUGACUAUUGUGGCAUUGCCGAUUGCAAUUGUGACGAGCUACGUGCUGUGGCAGCGAUUGGUUAUGGGCGAGGAGCAAAAGGUCCUUGUGAGGGCGCCACCGGCUCCGGCAACGGUGGUGGAUGUAGAUACAAAGGAGACCGGUUCGGAGUCAAAAUAAUAGAAAAUAAAGGACCGGAGACGCCGCAGGGCAACGAUUGAUGAUUGUAUGAUUGGAUUGAAAUAUAACGGUGGCCUGCAUAUAUAGAUGUGGGGGGAAUAUAGUUGUAUAUAUCCAGUCAUACUGUAGACUAUUAGACUCUCAACACACUGCAAAUUAAUUACAUUGCUC